UAAGGUCGCCCCGACGAUUUUCUCCUGCGGAUCGAGCUGAAAUGAUAUUAAAAAUCGUAAUGUCCCCGAUCGAAUCGCCAAGUGACUAUGUAAAACAGCGUAGAAUGCGCUUACCGGAUUUACCAUUUUCGGAAUUCCAAAAAAUUUUGGACAUGAAGGGAUUAAAAAAAACCGAACUGGUUCCAUUGCUCGAGCAAUUCAAGCAGCUUGAAAACGCGGAUGCCAUGCAUGCUGCUAAGAGUCAUAUCGCACAUGAUAGUCCCGAACAUGAAGCUGUCAGUAUCAAGAGGUUAGAAAGGCUCAUUAAGAAAAUUUGAAAAUAUAAACUCAGAAUAUUUAUAAUUGUAUAUAUCUAAAAACAAGAAAUUCUCUUUUACUUUAAAUUGAAAUAAUAUAAACUCUCUUUAUACAUAUAUAUAAUAUGCAGAAUAGAAAUGUGUGAGUAUACUGGGAUUCUCUUCUUCCCCUUUGUGCCACUAAGCGCCGGGGGUAUAUUUUCAUUUGUCUCUGAAUAGAUGCUUUUCGCUCCACGUGGGUCAUUAGCCCUACGGAAACUAGCAUGGUGCGCACACAGAUCGUAUAUAUUGCAUAUGGGACCUACAGUUUAACGCCGGUUCCGAACGGCAAAGUUGGGGAGAAGUUUUUCUCGGCAAGAGAUUACUCUUUGGUGGUUUGCCGGGCCACCGAAGAG